UGGCCACUUCAAUGAAGAUACUAUCUGCUUGGCCUGAAGUUCUCAGCAGAUGAUGAUAGCUGAUGGGGCACUCGGUGCAUCGACAAUUAACACUCUUUUCCCUUGACAUCAUGGUAGCAUCGGCUUGACGGUCUAGAAGCAUGUUCGAUAAAGGCCAACUCCAAUGAGAUAACGCUGUACACCCUUGCGCCAUCGACAAGGGCUUGCAGGAUCGGACUAGACAAAAGUUUCUCCCAUUAACGUAAUUUGAGUCCUCUAGCAAUGUCGGGCUAUCAACUUCAGUCACCAUGCCGCGUGGAGGACGGCCUACUCAUUGCGCAGAGCCAGGUUUCAGCCUUCUUUGAAGAAGCAUGGUGGAGAUUAUCAUGGACUGACAGAACUCGAGAAUCAUUGAUCCAAAGCAUCGCAGAUCGAAGCCCCAAGAACUUGCUCACCAACCGAGAAGUUCGGAGGCAUCAAAAGAUAAUUCACCUCGAAACUGGAGACAUUGUCGGAUACGCACGGUGGAUCCUCCCCGAGUCUCACAAAGACGCUUGGCUUGAAGCGCAAACACCAGACGUGAGCGAUGAACAGAGGGAAGUUUUUGCGAGGCGUCAUGCGGAAACCGAUUGGAACCCACGCGAAGAUAACGAUAAGUUGGAUGAUCAUAUCGGUGGCUGGAGAGAGAAGCACAAACAAGAAAGGGACAUGGAAUUACACUACCUCUGCGUCCAUCCAGAUCACCAGCAAAAAGGACUAGCAAGUUUACUUGUCAACUCAGGCCUCGAAGAAGCCAAGAAGCUAGGCAUCAAUGUCAUAAUCGUGGCCAUGGGCCGACGAGCUCUUGGUCUCUAUUUGAAGCAUGGCUUCGAACUGCUUGAGGAGAAGAGCCAGAGUAUGAGUUACUUCGGGAUUGAUAAGCUUUACGAGACUUUUUACUUGAGAAAGAAAGCUGAAAAGUGAUGGCCAACAACUCCUGCAUCUCGGACCACCUUUAAACUACAUAUCGAUAACUUCCACUGUCCAAAGAAGCCAAGAGACGUUCGAUGGUUCGCUGUAUUAGUUGGUGUAGCGGGGACUAGCUGAGAUUGAUAUUGCUAUAUCUACAAACUAAUGCACGUCUAUGCUUGGCACCCACUGGAUAAUGCAUCUUAUGCAUACAUGGCUUGAUACUAGCAGACCCAACUCCAUGUCUCCAUGCUCUUAUAACUUGGACUUGAUCUUUCCAGCAAGAUCCUUCACC